AUGUCUUUCCUUCAUGGAGUUCUCCAAAGUGUGAAGGAGGAUGAUAACGUUACAACGUACAAUAAACAUAUUACUCAGAAUAAUUUAGAUAAUGUUCUUCGUGAUGUAUUUUCUAAAAUUGGCACUGGGCGUAAUGGGCUUUCGGACUCUGUCACCAAGGUGAAGGAGUGGUUGGAGAAAUAUAAUGAUGAAGUAGAAAAGAAGACAAGAGGAGUGACCGAUGGAUUAUCUGCACUUAUAGGUAAGUUGCGUAGUGAUGUUUCAUCUGGUGUUGCAGGGAAUGAGUAUUACAAGAGCGUUGAAGGCGAGGCGACCAAGGAUCUCGGGACCCAGUUGGCAAGGUGGAAGGGGACACUGGGGAGCAUCGACAGUGAUGUUCAAAGUAUUGCAAACAUACAAAUUAAUGACUUAGACGACACACUUAAAGCACAACUAACGCACAAAUUAGAUCCAGUUAAGAAAGUGGUAGAGCACCUGAAAGGUGUUGCCACGAAGAUGGCAGAGGGGGGGAAGGUGGCAGAGGUUGAUACUGCCAUUACUGAGAAGGAAACGCUUGUCAAAGAGCGAAUUAAAGCAAAAUCGCAAGAGCUGAGAGAGACGUUGACAAUAAUUUUACCACAAUAG